AUGUCAGUAUUGAAAUCGCCAUUGACCAAAAAUCUUCGUAUUGCACUUAUCCAGCUCAAAGCUGGUGCAGACAAGGCUGCGAAUCUCAAUUCUGUCAAAAAUCAUAUCGAAAAAGCCAUUUCCACUUCCACAGUUGGACCUCUAGAUGUGGUUAUGCUUCCCGAAUGUUUCAAUUCUCCCUAUGCUGUGGACCAAUUUCGUCGCUAUUCCGAGUCUAUUCCUGGCGGAGAGACCACAGAAUUCUUGUCGAGUCUUGCAAAAAAACAUUCGGUGUAUAUUGUAGGAGGAUCUAUUCCUGAGCUUGCUGACGAUAAGGUGUAUAAUACUUCACUCACGUUCGAUCCCAAUGGGGAGAUCAUUGCCAAGCAUCGCAAGACCCAUUUGUUUGACAUUGACAUCAAGAACGGUAUCACCUUUAAAGAACUGGACUCAUUGAGCGCCGGCGAUAAAGCCACAGUUUUCAAGCUUGGAGACUUUGGAAAUGUGGGACUCGGGAUCUGUUACGAUAUAAGAUUCCCUGAGUUGGCCUCAGUUACUGCCCGGGCACCUCACAACUCAUUUGCUAUGUUUUAUCCUGGAGCAUUCAAUACCACUACUGGUCCUCUUCACUGGCAUUUACUCGCAAGAUCUCGGGCGGUAGAUAAUGAAAUGUUUGUCAUUUUGUGCUCUCCAGCUAGAGACGUUGGAGGUGACGGGUACCAGGCGUAUGGGCACUCUUUGGUGGUGGAUCCUUAUGGAAAAAUUGUGGCAGAAGCUGGAGAAGGCGAAGAAGUUUUGUUUGCUGAAUUAGACCAUACUCUUCUACCCGCGGUUCGUCAGGGCAUUCCAGUGCACUACCAAAGGAGAUUCGAUGUGUAUGGCGACUAUGUAGGAGAGGGAAAGGUCAAGGUGAGCGAUAAGUAG